UGCGCAUGUGCGGAGUCGCUGUCACUGCACAACUACAACUCCCAGCAGGCCGCGGAAAGGUGCGGGGAAAGAGAGGAGUGGAGCGCAUGGGCACUGCGCCUCUCCAGCAUGGCUACGGUGCUGUCGCGGGCGCUGAAGCUGCCGGGAAAGAAGAGCCCGGACCUUGGGGAAUACGAUCCCCUCACUCAGGCUGACAGUGAUGAUAGUGAAGAUGAUCUGGUACUCAACAUCCAGAAGAACGGGGGGGUCAAGAAUGGGAAGAGCCCCCCUGAGGAGGUGCAGGAUCCUGACUCUGAUGUGGAGGUUGGGAUGACAAAGCAGCACACGUCAGAGAGCGCACCUGAGGGUUAUCCUGCAGAGGCGGCUGGGACUUUGGAGCAGAAGUCUGCUCCCUCCCUGAUGCCAUACCUGCGCACAGCGAUAUUUUUGCUCACUGUGGUGGUCUCGAUGAUUCUGGUGCUGGUGUGCGCGUUUCUAAUUCCCUGUCCCCCUAGAGACUUGCAUAACACGUGGAACCGCAACCUAGGGCAGGGAACAGGUGGUGUGUUAUCCCCACUGGAGCUGUAUGAUGUGAAUGGCGAUGGGCUCUCUGACAUUCUGAUUGUCUUCACUGCCUUGAUGAAUGCUAGUGUCAUGGGUGUCUCUAGGCCCUCUGUAACUGUGGUGGCCCUUUCUGGUAUGAAUGGCAGCACCCUGUGGUCUAUCCAGCUUCCAGAGGAGACACGGAGUGUGCAGUGCAAAGGUCUGUCACUGGGGGCACCUGCAGAGCCCGUCUGCCUUGUUACAGGAACAUCAAAAUUCCUCAGCCUUCUCAGUGCCUCCACAGGCAAGACCAUCUGGACACUGAAUUCCAUCCACCUUUCAAGUGGGAUCUUGGCUGCACCUGCUGCAACUCUUCCAGAUGUAGAUGGAGAUGGUUUUAGGGAUAUUGUUGUUCUGGCUCUCAAAGAGACACAGCCUGAUGUGUUUUUCAUCUUGGUGUCAGGAAAGACUGGGACUGCUUUGGGUGGGCCUGUGAGGUACAGUACCAAUGGAGAAGGGAAAGUGAUUGGUCCCCAAGUCCACAUCACCAGUCGGGGAGCCAUCUACAUCCUGUUUGGUUUUGGUAAUAUUCAAGCAGUUGCCCUGAGGGAUCUCUUUACUCAAGCCAGAAACCGGGACAGCUUUUCUGCAAUGCUGCAGCAGGAGGAACCUGAGUGGGAAAAGCGCAGAUCUGUCAACCUGUCAGAGCUCAUUGACAUUUACAGUGGGGGUGUUGAGUUCCUGCAGACAAUGAAGACACCUGACACAAACUGCAGCAGUCUGCUCAUCACAACCAAAGAGGGCUUGAUCCUACUGCGGGGGCAGGACCUGGAGCCCCACUGGACCUUGGAACUGCAGAACAUCAGCAGCGAGCCCGUACCAGGUUACUUCAGUGCUGACCAAACUCUGGACUUCCUGCUGCAAGCACAGACGGGAGAUGGGAACAAAAAGGUGAUGGUGGUGGAUGGCAAAUCUGGCCUCCCUCUUUGGAACCAGGAACUGCCAUGGCAGAAGCAACAACUCGAUGCACUGUCAGUCAUGACUUUGGACAAGAAGUCUGUUUUUCUCUUCUGGGCUGACGAAGCACAGCCUGUGUUACAAAGUUUGCAUCCUGGUCCCAAACCUGAGCGCCCAGGGCUUCACCAUCUCUAUCUCCUCCAUCCUGUUUUUCCUACAGUCCUUUUGGACCUCACCAAUGCAACAGACAAAGUCAUUGCUUCAGCAGUUGGAAUUAAUGACCUCCAGAAGGAUGCAUUUCAUAUCACUGUGACAACAACUGCAACCUCUGAAAAACAGCCAGGAUUUCUCUCGGUCAGCAAGCUCGGCCUGAAGUGGGCCAUGAUGAGCCAAGGUCGAAUGGUGUGGCUGAAGGACACCACUACUCCCAAAAUCAGCCGUGGAGAAGUGAGAAGAUUUCUUGCCCGGCUGAAAUUUAUUGACUUUCCUCAACGGCUCUAGCCUGGUGGUUCCUCAGAUUUUGGUUGGACAUGUGGCCUGUAUGGGGAACACAGGAAGCUGUGGAUCUUCAGGAAGACUGUUGUAUAGAGGAAAUAGGGGCUAAAAGCACUUCCCCUUUCUACAGCUCUGUGGGGAAUGCUGCUUGAGGCAGGUUUGUCCAAGGCAGACCUGUCCUGUACCAGAGGAACUUUGUUCAGCAUCUCCCCCUCCAUAUGCUGUUCUUGCAUGCUUCCCUCCAGGUGACACAGAAAUGUGAAUUUAGAUUUUAUAUACAUAUAUAUAUAUAUAAAACCCAGGUUUUAUAUAUAUAUAUAUAUGUAUCAAUUUAUAAAAUAUAUGUAUAUUUUUUGUAUGUUUAAUUUAUAAAUGAGAUUCAGGACACUCCUUUUUAUGUCCCAACAGUAUUCCCAGACAGUCAAACAAGCUCUAGGCCUAGAGUGGCCAUUAUGACUCAAGGCAAAUGGUGUGGCUAAAGGCACCAUCUGCUUUAGUCUUUUAUAUUUUUGGACAGAAGCCUCUGUCUGGCCCCUGCAGGGCUAAUCUUGUCUACAACCUUUCCUGUGCUCUCAGUCCUCUUCUCCAUUCCGACCCCAAACUCACAAACGUGUUAGGUCUCUGGCUAAAUUACCCAAUCUAGAGAAAGAUGGUCCCCAGAGCAUUUGCCGGCCCUUGCACUUGUAUACUUCUUUCCGCAGUUCCACGUUCGCGACAGGUUCAUGUGGGUGAUGUAGAAGCAAAAGGUUCACAUCUUAUUUAUACCCAUUGCUAAGCUUUUUAUAAACCCAGAAUGCCACUGUAACAUCACACUGCAGUCCAAUGGACAGAGUCCUUUGCAAAAGUGUCAGUCUUUUUGGGAUAGGUUCCCAGCAGAUCCCCCCUGGCACUGUAAAGAUCACACUAGAUACAGUCAUAGCAAAGCUAAUUCUUGCACCACUGCUUCAGGGUUUAGAGCUCGGUAGAGGCGGAACUGGAAGGCUUUUCUGUGCAGUUAACCCAUAUUCUGGGCUUAGCAUUACCAUUCCCUUGCCAGCCCAGCCCUGUGUGCAGUUCAAGGAGGAACAGGCUACCCCCAGGGCACAUUUGCUGAUAUGUUUAGUGCUUUGAAGUGUGCCUCUGCGUGUGCCAUCAGUCUCCUGUGUUGUAAUUGCAGAGCAUCUACAUGUACCUUCUUGGACUAAAAAUGACCAUAUAAAAGCAACCACUCUUGCCUCAGCAGCUCCCCACAGUACAGGACAGCAUAGAAACUCCUAGUAUGCCUUUCUAGGUCUGACCUUUGACAUUAGGCAGAAGCAGGCUGAGAUGAGAAUUGCAAAGGACUCCUCUGUUCUCCUGCUGACACGUGCCCUUCCAACCUUCCCAUGCUUCCCUUUCAGUGGUGAGGUGAUGGCAAGACUUUGACUCUCCCUCCAGAUAAACACAUCUACCAUGGGUUUGCUCUCCUGGGCUCUCGACACCUCUCCUUGCUAUGUCACUCUAUCUUUGCUAUCCCUGCUUCUCCAUAUAAAGCUUCCAUGAUUUCCCUUCAGGAUUAGCUGUAAGCCCCAAGGCUGGUCCUUGGGCACUGCACUCCUUAUGUCAGAGCCUGUGAACAGUUUGUAUAUGUUUAACUUUUUUUUUGUGUAAAUAGCUUUGUAUAUAUUAGCCCAACUGUAGCAAUGUCUCCAGGCCUGGCUUUUUCUUCCAUACAGGGGUUAGUAUUUAUAAUAUAUAGUCAGUUAAUACAGCUGCAUAACAGGGACUGAAAGUGUGAGGACCAGUAAUAAGGAUUAAAUAGGAGUCCCCCUUCCCUCCUCUUUACCCACCACCUUGCUGGAAAAGGUGAAGUGACUGUUACCCGAAGUAGUUAUUCUCCUAAGGUUCUUCCUGAGAGAACUGGUAUUUGAGUGCAGUGAUGUUUACUGUGAGGUUUGUGAGGCAUUGGCACAGGUUGCCCAGAGAAGCUGUGGCUACUCCUUCCCUGGUAGUGUUCAAGGCCAGGCUGGAUGGGGCUUGGAGCAGCCUGGUCUAGCAGAUAAUGUCCCUGCCCAUGGCAGGGGGUUGGAACUAGAUGAACUGUAAGAUCCUUUCCAACCCAAACCACUCUAUGAUUCUAUGAUACUAUGUUAGCUCCUCCAUAAUGUGAAUUUACCCUGCCCACACACACAUCCCCCCUGUGAAUAAAGAGUCUGUCUGUAUAUUGUUCGGAAAAUGUAUUUGAACUGUGAACUGCAGUGGAGCAAAUAAAUACCAUGUACAGCA